AUGUCGAACCCAAACACUCCCAACGUUUUGUAUCUUGUGCUCGGAGCGCUGGCCAGCUUAUUUUCCACUUUCAAAGUGAUUCAAACACGUAGGAAGUUACAACAAUCUCGUCAAACUCCUGUUUCACUUACGGAAGCGAUUGUACAUACUGCAUUUGACACCAUUGAUGUCUUUUCUAAAGAAUAUCAAAAGAUUACCAAUGUCGUCGAACAAAGAAUGCUUCAAUUAGAAGCACCAUCAUCAUUGAGCGGUAAUAAUCGAGUGUUUGCGAUCCAAGAUGAAAAUCAUUUCUCAUCUAGAAAAGCUUUGCCGUCACCAACGAAUAACACUCCACUGUCAUCAUCAAUGUUAAAUCAUGGGAACAGUGUUACUGGUAGAGAAUUAUUGCAAAAUAGUCAGCUUGAAACAAAGCAACUCAACAUGAAACCAAUAAUCGUUUCUCCUCCAUCAGCACAAUUGAUAUCCACCAUUUCCACACAUGAUCCCAUGUUAGCCAGUAUACCCGAUCAUCAUACAAGAAAAUAA